CCACUGUCAGCCCACAAGCUAGGGAAUCGAUGCCACAAGUUGCUCAAUACCCCUGCUCGUCGAGCCUCCCGCUUUGAAGGCUUCACACGUUGUACUUAAGCGCCAUGGCCUCGACUGAAUCGCGAUUCGAGCCGCAAAGCUCGAACCUUGGUGGCUGCCAGUCUAUAAGUCACUCGAUCAGCCCUGCCGCGGAGGACAUCAGGCGAUACCAGAUCUUGAGGAUUGAUUCCAGGACUACGUCAGAUAAAACAAAACUUUCCUCGCGCAGCAGCCAAACUUUAACACGGUGCCCGAGCCUCGCUGCUGAUGACGUUCUUCCCAUCGGAUUAUUAGAGAAUGCUUGCUUAGCUGGUCAACAUUUGCACAGCACCUCCAAUUCACGCACAUCAAUUCGACGAUCAGUCAGCCGUGCGACAGCGACUCAACCCCCAAUGGCGGUCGAAAAGAUGCAGAGAUGGUCCGGAAUGACCCGAACUGUUAGCGACUGGGAUGGCCUAAGAAGGGACACUGAGCUAUGGCUUGAAAACAGCGAUUGCUACGUGCAUCUCUAUGCACGGGGAGCGUCGCGUCGAGGUCCUUCCUUUUGCAUUCCCUUCCGGGCCCUAAGACAGAAGAAGUGCAACUCUAUUCUCAGCGUAUGCCAUGCACAGAUUGCGUCGCGUGAUGGCUCAGAAUCACAACGACUCAUAAGCUUGUCUAGCUCACUGAUGCUCCCAAGCCGUGAGAUGGGCAUCGUCAACCUGUACAUCCCUGCGCCAGAUCAUGUUUCCCGCCAAGAUGCCUUCAAGUGGCACGUCACGACACGGAACUUCUUUGCUUUCCUUCUCGGAAAGCCUCUGGUGGGCUCCCACAUGGGUCAGACCUUCGUCGACUUGCAAGAAAGAAUACGACUGUUCCGGUCCGACUUGGUCGAUAAUCAGGAAGACUUUCUGCAAUACACCGAGGACCAAGGCUACCGCGACUUUGCUGAGUGCACUGACUACGCGCUUGCUAGCCUGUUUUAUGCGGAGACUUACAAGCUCAGGCCUGCCUGGAUCGAUGCUUUUGCUCAUUGCGUCGGCAUGAACGAAAGUCUUUCCCUCAGUCCAGAGCACGCUGCUACUUCAAGGCUUACCAAGGCUCUCAUUACGCGUGCCUUCCUUGAAGUUGAUAUACACCUCAGCCAAGUUACUGCUGCGUUGAGCAAGUUCCUCGAAGAGGACCUCUCGUCUGCUUAUCUUGGCCUCACACCAGGAGCCAGGAGCCACCUGAACCGCUUCCGCCGGUUUCUGCACAGCUUCUAUGUCAAGAAGUUUGGCUAUUGGCCGCCUCCUCGGGGUUCUGCGUUUCCAAAGGCACUGUAUAAAUCGAUGUACUUUGACUUCCAACAACUAUAUGACUACCUCGUUGAUACGAAAUCUACCGCUGACUUCGCUUUGCAGCGACCAGCUAGCGGAGGGAUCUGUGUUCUGCAGAACGUCGACAGCUUUGACAAACGUCGCCAAUUCACAUCACAGCCGCACCCAUUGCCGUUGAUUCCUAGCUACGCGGAGCCAACAAAGAAGAUGGAAUCUCAGAAAGCCCUUCGACAGCUGACAUCGGCGUCUCAGCAUAAAAAGGCUGCCAACAACGUUCAGACUAUCAGUGCCGCCCUGGCUGCGGCUACCAACACACAUGAUGCAGCUGUUGCCAGCUCAACAAUCGUACAAGAGUAUGCCCAUUUUGAACGCACAUACAGCUCAACACUUCAUCAGCGCGACGAGAAGGUGGCAGUUGUCGAUGCGCGCAAGGUUAGAUGGCUCAUCAUCUACGGCACAUUGCAAUAUUUAGUGUCAGCGCUGCGAGCUCCAAAAGAAGUCCGCGACGCCGAGACUGCUGACUAUCCCCUGUGCUGCCUGUUACCCGAGCAAUCAUCAUGGCCUGGUAGCUCGCAAGUCUCGACACCAUCAGCAGCUUCGGUAGUUACACCUGCCUCUGCUGCAAACGUACCUCAGGUUAUCGAUGAGUACCUCAGCAGCUCGCAAUCCGACUUUACCUUCAUUCGACCCGACUGCCAUCGAGAGGACUAUUUCUUUUCCCGAACAGCUGGUCAACGUGGAUCUGUUGAAGUUCCUGCACCACUCAAAAUAUCAACCCCGGUCUCGUGCCCACCCAGCCGUUCUUUUGGAUCAAUCUCGUUAUCGAGCCGAAGUUCGCGCAGAAACAGUUGGAAGCUGAAGCCCACACAUCACUGCGAGAUCAUUGUCCAUGGAUAUGGCAAUGGCUUGAACGAAGCCACAACAAAUUCACCGUCUAAGUGUUUGCCGCGCAGUGCGUCCAUGAACGAGUCUCAUCGCUCCUCGACUUCUAUCCUGCCCGAAGGUGCAGGUCCUGAGACAUCUUGGUUCAGACCGCAGUCUCCUCCCAUCCCACAGGAGCGGACCUCAUCGCUGAACAAAGCUCGCCGCCACGCACGCCAGCGGACUCCUCUUCUUGACGCUGCUCAUCUCAAGCACUAUCUCGGCUCUGCUGCUUCUAGCGAUGCAACAGAUAUGAGUCGCUCUGACAGCACAAGCUCGCACGGUAGCCAAGUAUGGAGCGUGUCCAGCGCCAUCUCAUCGGAGUCCAGCACCGAUGGAGAUUACAAAGAACGCCACAGGACCACCGUGGAAAAUAGUGGCCUCUUAGGCGGCUUCGUUUCUGUCGACAGCACCCCGGUGCCCUUACCCCGCACACGAUCGCUAGUCAAGACAAAGACACCAGCAUCUAAGGCGUCACUACCGCAGGUCACUACGCAUAUGCAGGCAUUCCGCUUCGAUGAUGAUGCUCCACAGACACCGCCAGCAAACUACUUCUCCCAUAUUCAUCCAGCCUUCCGUCCACUGACUUGCGAGACCACCAUUGGUAUGGCGCUCUCCCCACCCGUCUCACCACCGCUCAGUCCGAGCAUCAAUGCGCCAUCUUCAUGCUUCGAACCGUCCCCUUCGGUGUCAACGAACAUGCCCUCGCACUCUGUGACGCGCCGAACAUCUUCAGACCUCACAUAUGCCAACCUGCCCGUUUCGAAAGUGCCCAAGCGUAUUGCAAGCCACCGUGAGCAGCACGGUCUCUUCACCACCAUCACGUCGUCGUCCAAGAACAUGGAGAUGCGGGCUAGUGCUGAGAGGACGAAGAGCCGCAUGUCUAUCUUGAAGCGCUUCUAUGCUUUCUGAGUUCUUGGUUACCUUCCUGUUGUACCUCGCUACGAGUCUCCUUUAUCGAAUUUAGCGUUUUGCACGUUUGAUCCGUCUAGAUGGUUUGGAUUUGGGAUUGUAUAUGCUAUAUACCCACGGUCGCCUUGCCGACACGAAAAGCGAACCACACCGUUCUGUUAAUAGUUGGAAUCAUAUUUUUCACAAUGCAAUGUCUCG